AAAGAAUCCAAACACGUCACUCUCCAGUCUACAUCACCUAGUAUCUUCCAUUUUCAGCCUUUCCCCCGGUUUCUCCCUUCCUAAAACCACUUGGUUUCCCGAACCAGAGUGGAGAAAAGAAGAUUUCCAGUUCCAUCUCAUUCACAGCUCUUCACAGAUUCGAUUUAUCCCAAAAACAUGCUUUUUAGAGACUCUGCUGUGCUUCUGAUUCUUGCAGUGACUUGCUGCUCGUUGAGGGUCGCUGAUUCAGAGGUGCCACAAGAUGAAGUGGGCUCUUUUCCGAUUGCAGAGGUGGUGAGUUCUUAUUGGGAGCUGAAAGAUUCAUAAUUCAUUCAGGACCUAUGAAAUAGAAACUAGAAGUGGAUGCUCUCCAGCAAAUUGUAACUACAAUGGGUGUAAAAUAUUGGAAGUUCAACAGCAGUUCAUGUCGUGUUGAAUUGGUUGGGGUGACACCACAAGCACCAAGGAAAUCUGAGGGCAGUGUUGAGUGCAAUUGCAACUUAAAGAAUGACUCCUAUUGUCAUGUUGUAAAGAUCGAGCUUAAAUUUUUUAAUCUUCCUGGCAUCCUUCCACCUGAACUGGUGAAGCUACCUUACCUCCGUGAUAUUGAUUUUGCUUACAAUUACCUUAUGGGUACAAUUCCAUCUGAAUGGGCUUCUAUGCAAUUGAAUUCAAUCUCUGUUCUUGCAAACCGCUUAUCAGGGGAAAUUCCAAAGGACCUAGGAAAUAUUCCCACUCUCACAAUCCUGUUUCUUGAAGCAAACAACUUUUCAGGCAAUGUUCCUCCUGAACUCGGGAAACUAAUUAACUUGAAUAGUUUGGUAUUGUCUUCGAAUCAGUUGAGGGGAGAGCUGCCAACAUCUUUUUCCAAGCUAAGAAAUUUAACAGAUUUUAGGAUAAAUGACAAUGAGUUCAGUGGAGCAAUUCCUGAUUUCAUUACAAACUGGAAGCAACUUAUGAGAUUAGAAAUGCAUGGAAGUGGACUGAAAGGACCCAUUCCAUCAGACAUAUCCCUUCUGAACAAGCUAAAGCAUUUGAGAAUUAGUGACAUAGAAGCCUCAGCUCAGGGAUUUCCCAACUUGAGCAACCUUACAGAGUUGGAAAUAUUGGUUUUGAGAAACUGCAGCAUUUCUGGUCAGAUUCCAAAAUAUAUUUGGAAAAUGGAAAAUCUCUAUAUGUUGGAUGUCAGUUUUAACAGGUUAGUGGGAGAAAUUCCAGAUGAUAUAACUGGCAAGCGUUUGGCAUAUGUGUUUUUGAGUGGCAACAUGCUGAGCGGAAAUGUACCAGAAUCCAUCUUGAGGAAUGGAAGGAUGGUCAUGGUAGUCAAGCUUCUUCAGCAAGGAAACUCAAGACUUUUGGUUUCUUGCUAUGUGGUUUCCUUAUCAAUCCAAAGUGAUCUUUCCUACAAUAACUUUACAUGGCAAGGCCCUGAUCACCCAACUUGUCAACAGAAUAUGAAUCUAUACAUAAAUCUUUUCAGAAGCUCUGCAACAGACAACCCCUUAAAGAAUAUUCUACCAUGCACAAGGGAUUUCAGUUGUCCAAGCUAUGGUUGCUCGAUGCAUGUUAAUUGUGGUGGAAACGCUUUAACUGUGAAAGAAGAUAAUGAAAAAGUUAUGUAUGAAGGAGAUGCAGAAGCUGAAGGUGGUACGGCAAGAUUAUUCACAAAAAUAGAUGGUCACUGGGGUUUCAGUAGCACUGGAGACUUCAUGGAUGAUAAUGAUAACCAAAAUGCACGUUUUGUUAAAGCUGUUUCAGCAACAAACAUCUCUGAAUUAUAUACUACAGCGCGCCUUUCUCCUAUUUCACUCACUUACUUCAGGCACUGCUUAGAGAAUGGGCUUUAUACUGUUAAUCUGCACUUUGCAGAAAUAUUUUUUACAAAUGAUAAUACCUAUAGCAGUCUUGGAAGGCGUAUAUUUGAUAUUUACAUUCAGGGAAAUUUAAUUAGGGAGGGUUUUAAUAUUCAAGAUGAGGCAGGUGGGACACUAAAGCCAGUAAUAAAAAAAUUUAAUGCCAGUGUGACAGAUAAUAUUUUGGAGGUUCGAUUUCAUUGGGCUGCCAAAGGGACCACGCGUAUUCCUGAUAGUGGAGUUUAUGGUCCCCUAAUAUCAGCUAUUUCGGUUCAUCCUACUUUCAAAUCUUGUUCAGCUGGUGGAAAGAAGAAUGUUACUGUUUAUGUUGCUGUUGGAGCUGUGGCAAUAUGCAUUAUUUUUGUAGUAGUUGGUUUUCUUUGGUGGAAAGGCUAUUUGAAAGGCAAAAAAGGGAAUGGUAAGGAUUAUGACGGUCUAGAGGGACAGAUGGGUUCUUUUACUUUGAAGCAGAUUAAAGCUGCCACUAACAAUUUUGAUCCUGCAAGCAAGAUUGGAGAAGGUGGUUUCGGUCCUGUGUACAAGGGUCUACUUUCUGAUGGUACAGUAAUUGCAGUGAAGCAACUAUCCUCUAAAUCAAGGCAAGGGAAUCGUGAAUUUUUGAAUGAAAUAGGCAUGAUAUCCUGCGUGCAACACCCCAAUCUUGUUAAGCUUCAUGGAGGUUGUAUCGAAGGGGACCAAUUGUUAUUGGUAUAUGAGUACAUGGAAAACAAUAGCCUUGCUCGUGCUUUGUUUGAAGACAGCCAAUUGAUACUCAAUUGGCCAACGAGGCUUAAGAUCUGCAUUGGGAUUGCUAGAGGUUUAGCUUUUCUGCACGAGGAAUCAAGAUUCAAGAUUGUUCACAGAGACAUUAAGGCUACUAAUGUUCUGCUUGAUGGAAACCUAAACCCCAGGAUUUCUGACUUUGGAUUGGCUAGGCUUAAUGAAGAGGAAAAGACACACAUUAGCACUCGUGUUGCUGGAACCAUAGGAUAUAUGGCCCCUGAAUAUGCACUUUGGGGUUACUUGACCUACAAGGCAGAUGUUUACAGCUUUGGAGUCGUAGCUCUGGAAAUCGUUAGUGGGAAGAACAACAACAGUUACAUGCCAACAGAGACUUUCAUCUGUCUGCUGGAUUGGGCCUGCAACUUGCAACAAGGAGGAAACUUGGUGGACCUUGUCGAUCCAAAGUUGGGUUCUGAGUUCGAUAAGGAGGAAGUCGAGAGGAUGGUGAAAGUAGCGCUCUUGUGCACAAAUGCAUCGCCCUCGCUUAGGCCUGUAAUGUCGGAGGUGGUGGGCAUGCUUGAAGGCCGAAUGAGUAUCCCAGACAUAACUCCAGACCCGACUGGCUAUAACGAAGAUCUGCGGUUCAAAGCCCUGAGAGACUUCCGUCGGCAAGAGACGAGAAACCAUAGUUUCAGUUGGAGCCAAACCAAGAAUUUGACAGCCCGACCAGAGAUCGGUUCUUCCUCCACAUCCUUUGGCAACCGCCAUGGAAACAACUCAAGUCCAAACACAUACUAAUAAGCUAUUUGUUUGUUAGAUACUUCAAGCGUUACGUGCAUAGAUUAUUAUUUAUUUGUUCUUCUUUAGUGUAAUGUUCUUGAUUGAGAUGGAGAACUUGGAUCUGUAUGUUGAAAGAGCCUUCUUUUCUUGGCGUGUCUGCGUGUUUGGUAUCCGUGAAAAAGAAAAAGAAACGAUGAGAAAGGAGGGUGGGGGGAAAAUUCAUUGCAAAGGAAAUUUCAUUGCACUGCA